CGCAGCAGCCCUAGCCCCUAAUCUCCUUACUUCUUCUCCGUUCUCUGUCAGUGGCGAGAAGAAGAAGAAGAAGAACAGCAGCCAGAAAGCAUCAAUGUCUGGACGAGAGGGUCGGGAUUCCGACUCCAGACGUAACCGUUCCCGAUUAGACCGAGAACCCAGUCCAAAAAGGUAUAGGAGGGAUGGAAAACUUGCAACAGAAAGAGUACGAAGUAGCAACAAUUUGGAAAGUAGAGAUCAUUCAGAUCGAGACCAAAAGCACCAGCGUCGGCUGCAAGAUGCCGUUCCCCUUGAGGCACCGCCAGGACCUGGUUCUAAGGUUGAAACUCACACUCCGAGUAAAGAAUCCGAGGGGAAACGCAACGGACAUCUUGAAGCAACUAAACACUCUUCUGAUCCAACUGAAAUUCCCCGUUCUAGAUCCUAUUUUCAGCAUGAUGAACGUGGUAGUUCCAGGCAGGUUGGUCGAAGCUUAGCUAAGGGAGCAGCUACUGAGCGGGGAUGGUGGAAGGAUGCAAAAGAGCAUCACAAGGGAAGGGCAGCAGACAAGGAUGCAUCUAAUGAUAGACAUCCAAGAGAUGUGAAAACACAAGCUAAGGGAGAUGACAAUAGGGUCUGGCACCAUGAUAGGUUCCAUGAGUUGGAGGCUGAUCUGCCACCACCUACCAGGAAAAGACCUGCAUUUAGGGAGAAGAAAGUGCUGGUGGAGUCUGAAAAUACUGAUAAAGAAGCCAUUGAGCCGGAAAAGGAGAGCCGUCCUGACCACGGUGUGGUAGGAAGUGAAAGAAGGGAGGACAGAGGUCGCAACUCUCGCAAUUCAGAUAGACCAGAGAGACCAUCUUCCGGAGAAAGAGUACAAAGCAGAGGAGAAGCAUGGAGGAGGGGCUUCUCAUCCAGAGGAAAAUAUGGUGGUGUCAAUGACACAUACAGGGGAAGAGAUGGGUACAAUGGAAGGCAAAGGUUUCGAGGAAGUAGCAACAAGGAUGAGAAGAAGUGGGAGCACGAUUUGUUUGACGAUGCCAAUAAAAGUCCACAACGGAAGAACGAAGAGGAUCAGAUUGCUAAAGUUGAGGCUCUUUUGGCCUCUUAGAUGGUUCAGAAUGUUUAUUGGGUAGAUCAAUGGAUAUUGUGUUUGUCUGAGGGUUUUCUUUCUUUCUAUGGUGAAUGUAUUUUGCCCAGCACGGGGCCUGGACAUUUUGACUGUCAGUGUUGUGAUACACAUUAUAUUGACUUGGAAAACAUGUCUAAUGGUACCAAAUUGAUUGGUUGCUUGUGCUGUAGUUUAUUCUUAAUGGAAAGUUCAUUUCGUAAUGA